GCUGCGCAGCGAGCGAGCGACGAGGCCCUUUUGUCCUGUCCUACAAGUCCCAUGACGCUCGGCGAAGUUCUGCGGUUGCCACAGUAACGGAGACCUGAAAACAACUCCUUCCGCCCAUGUAGCCCAAGGAACCAGGCUGUGGAUCUGUAACAAUGGAAUGAUGGCUUCAGAAGACUACAUUAUCCAUUUUGUAGUCCAAGAAGACAAUACAUGUGAACAAGUUACAAAAAGUAGAAGUCCAAGUGAUUCUCCUAGUAGAGUCUGCAAGAGCACCCAAAGCAAAUGCAGCACUAAAGUUAGCCACUGUAGUAAGUGUUCCAGUCAGUGUGGAACUUUUCAGCUCGACUAUUCCAACGACUUCAACCAGGAUGUUUCAAGAAGGGCUAGCAGCAGUAGCAGCAGUUAUUCAGAGCAGGACAACUGCAGAAAUUCUCAAGUCUACUAUUAUGAAGAUUUCCACACAUACUCUUCAGAAACCCCUUGCAGCAAUGGCAGUGGCUACAGCAGUAUUUUAGAACAGCCAGAAACCAAAGAGGAGGAAUUAUCAAUGAAAACAAAGGAAAAUAAUCACCAAGCCAAAGGGGGUAAAACACUUCCUAAGAAGAAACAGCAGCAAAAGAGCUUUUUCAAUACUAGCACUAUAAUCACUUCCCAGAAGAACAAUGUAGCCUGCCGCUUAUUGUCAGCCAGGCUUCACAAAGUUAAAGAGCUGAAAAAUGAAGUGUCUGUUCUGAAGAAAAAACUGGAGGCAUCUAACAUGGAAAAUCAGAUCUUGAAGCGGCUUCAAUAUCGACAUUUGAAAGCAAUAAGUAAAUACGAAAAUGCAGAGACUAAUCUGCCUGAUCUUCUAGCAAAACAGUGUGGUGAAGUGAGGACUCUAAGGGUACUUCUUAGGAAAUCUCAAGAGCAGGAGCGCAGUGCGUCCAAGAAACUUAGAGAAGUUGAGGCACAACUACUAAAGACAAAAGAUACCUUACUGGCAUUGCAGAAACUUUCACAAGACAAGAAUCUCGCAGAAAGAGGAGAACUUAGACACAGGUUAAACACCCUCACACAAAGAAUGGAAAAUGGUGAUAAGAAAAUUCAGGUCUUAGAAAAGCAGCUGCUGUUGAAUAAUACCUCCUUUAGUCAUCAGUUAGCAGUUGAGAAGAAAAAGACUCUUGAAGCUCAGUUGAUUACCACAAAUUUGCAAAUGGAAAUCAAGUCACUUAACCAAAAAAUCAAGGAAAAAGAACGAGAACUUGGUGUGAGAAAUAUUUAUGCAAAUCGGAUGCUUAAAGGUCAACAGGACAAAAGUGGUUCAGAGUCUCCCCCCAAAGCUGUCAAUGUCUCCAAGUCAGUACAAGUAGAUGUGAAUAUAGAAGCAACAGCUCUUCAAAAGCACAAGGCAGAGAAAAGUUCCAUUGUUUUAAAAGAGGAGUUGACAACCAAAGAUAUUAAUUUCAAAGUCAAACUACGUGAUGUGGAUAAAGAGAUGGAAUCAAAAACAGAAGUUCAUCAAAAUCAAAAAUUAACAAUGCAACAGAUUUCGAAUAUAGCAUGCACAGAGUUAUUAGGGGAAGAGAUAUGUCCAAAUACAGAAAAACCUUUCAGAUGUGAAAACCUAGAAAGACAGAAAAACAGGAGAGAAAGACAAAAGCUUAACUUGUUGAAAGAAGAGUUUGAGAAAUUAAGGACAGACCAAGCAUUGGAGUCCACACAUGACAUCCAACAAAAAAUGAAUAACCAGGAAGAAGUUGCAACUGAAAAACAAGAAAAUGAGCCAAAACAAGUGAGCUGUGAUAAAAUGGAAACAGUAACACAAAGAUACAAAACACCAUCCACAUUAAAGAAACAGUAUGUAUUUUCAGAAGCUGUUGAAAAUUUGCAUCAGGGAUACCCUUCAACAGGUCCACUGUCCAACACAAGCACCACCUGCAGUAGUAGACAAGUGAAUAGACACCAGGGUGAAAUAGCUGAGUUGAAGGCAGAAAAUUCAAGCAGUGCCUAUGAACCGUCAUUUGGUAAGGUUAACAAAACAAGGCAAAAGGACAUCACGUCAACGCAUGGCAAAGAACACAUUCCUGCAGUAUCAACAGAAAAGAAAACUACUCUUAUGGAAGAACUCUUUGGUCCAAGCUGCAUCUUAAAGGACAGUCACUCAAAACUGAAUUUAAAAGAGGCAGGUAAGGAAAAAAAAACUUUGAUGAGUGAAAAGGCUUAUGAGAUUUCACAAGUCAAUGAUGGUUUGCAGUGUGGCGAUUCCAAACAAGCCCAUAUAAAGGUUUUCCAUACAUUUGCCUUCCUGGAAAACUUUAAAUAAUUACUGCCAUAAUUUAACAAUGUUUUCAUCUUAAAACACACACAGUAUGUGGAAAUAAUUCAUUAACUGCUGCAGACUGGGUUUCCCCCCAGAGAAAGUUUCAUUUACCAUAAGAGGUAGACAUUUUAUAUUCCAUUGCAGGAAAACAUGCACACAAGAUAUUUUAUCAGUUUAUAUUUAACAAUGAAAUCAUCAUAUUGCAGUGCAUUUUUAAAAAUUAAAAUGAAGCACAAUGACAGGUCUAUUACUAGAGCUCUAAAUAAGAAUACAUUGAAAAGAAUUGCAUUGAAUAGGCAUUGGUGGUAAAGCUUAUUGGGGGGAAAGACAGUUAAUGCGUAUUUACAAUAGAAAAAUGAGGCACUGGAUAACCUUUCUCACUUAUUCCAUUCCACAAAGCCUCUUAAAUGAAUGCAGUGAUUCAAAUUAUCUACAUGGUUCCAGUUAGGAAAGUGAAUGCUUAGAUGAAGUGGCCUUCAAAUAGGGCGCUUUUGACCCAUCCAUGUUGAUUUGUGUAAUCUGAUAUAAACAUAAUGGGUGCAAGUUAUGGGACUGUUGCCAGAAAGAAUGACAGUAUGGCCUAUUUUAUUAACUCUCAAAUUUGGCCAUCUUCAGACUACACAGACUAAUUCAUCUGUCUAUACAAAUUUCUCAGUGCAGGAAGAUAUGUUGCUAAAAGUAAUUUCUAUGGUUAUAAUUGGAUAUCCAUAUUUUUUUUACUAUUGUAACUGAACCCCAAAUAUGGAAAACAGGUAACAUUCAAAACAGCCAUUAAAAGCUCUUCUUCUAAUCAAACAUUCUUGGUAAUUUAAAUAUUAAAUAUUGUGCUACCCACAA